AGUUAAAGUGUAAAUGUAGUUUUUAAUUUUUCCCGGAAAAAAGUAUUAAAUUUGAGUGCCGAAUAACAAUAAAAAUAAGCAGCAGCUGCGUUCAAUCGCAUGUCUAUUGAGUGAAGUUUUGGAUGCAGUUAAUGGAAGGAUUUGUCAAACAAAUGUAACAUCAAUUUUGAUUACAAAGGUUGAAUUGGAAUAAAACUGGAAAGAUGAAAACCAUUUCAAUGGUGCUCAUACGUCACGGCGAAAGCACAUUCAAUCAAAAGAAUCUGUUUUGUGGCUGGCACGACGCAGAACUCAGCGAGAACGGUAUUAGAGAUGCUUCCAAAAUAUCAUCAGCCGCCUUGAUGGAACACAAAAUGGCAUUUGAUGUGGCUUAUACAUCAGCGUUGAAGCGAGCACAGGACACUCUCAAAAUAAUACUUAAGGAAAUAGGUUGUCCUGAUUUACCUACAAAGUGCGACUGGCGUUUAAAUGAACGCCAUUAUGGCAACUUAAUUGGUUUUAAUAAAAGGCAAAUGGCUGACAAGUACGGAGAAGAGCAAGUGCAAAUAUGGAGGCGCAGUUUCGAUGUGCUACCACCUCCAAUUACGUCCGAUAAUCCCUAUUAUGAAUGCAUAAGAUCUAACCCUAGCUUCCGUGAUAUACCUCCUGAACAAUUUCCUUUAAGUGAAUCGCUUAAAACGACGAUGGGUCGAGUGAUACCAUAUUGGGAGCAGGAAAUACUUCCACAAAUUCACGCUGGCAAGCGGGUCCUGAUCGUAGCCCAUGGAACAAUAGCACGCGCAUUGGCUAAACAUAUUGAAAAUAUAUCUGAUGAGAAUAUUAAAAGCGUUAAUAUUCCCAACAGCAUACCCUGUGUAUAUGAAUUUGAUUUAGAAAAGAAAAAUCUUGUUGGAAAAAUUAAAUAUUUGGCGGAUGAAAACUUCCUAAACAAACAAAUGGAGAAAACUGCUUCUAUUGGAAAUUAAAAAAUAUUAUAAAAGAUGUUACAAAUAUUAUAUAUAUAUAUAUAUAUUU